AAGACUGAUAACACCUGACAAGCACGGCUCUAUGGAGAUGUCAGGCAACACAAUGGAAUUAAAGACACAGGUGUGCACGCAAACCGGCAUGUCAGGAACACAUCUGCUGUCGCCUGUGCAGGAGAGAUGCCAGGAUAGAGAGUACAACGUCAGUUUUUGUAGAAGAUAAAGAAACUUAACUUGAAAACGAUGAAGAACUUCAGUGAACAUGAUAAAUGAGAACUUUAUGAAGCUGCCAGAUGUAGCCAAGCCUUGGAGCUGUCCAUUGAAACCUUGCCUCCUCCCUUCAACUCUGAUUCCCAUACUCCCUCCCCCUUUCAGUUAAUCUCUCCCCCUCGCUCUCUUUCUUUCUCUCUCUCUCUCUGUAUGUGUCUCACCCACCUUCAUGCACACUCAGACGCACAGAAACAGAAAAACGAGGAGAAAGCUAGAGAGCACAACUGCGGCGGCAUAAUGGGGAUAUUUUGCGUGCGUGGGCUCCGUCACUGAGGUGUCCGGAGUUCAGCUACAGUGUGCGCACCUCUAUGUGUGAGUGUGUGUGUGUGUGUGUGUGUGUGUGUGUGUGUGUGUGUGUGUGAGUGAGCGUGCAGGCAUUCAGGCAUGAGUGACUGAAAGCAAUCGACACUGUGCAAGGGGGAAAGGAGAGAGGGGGAGAGGAGUGUUGACUCAGUCCGGACACCACAGGAUCAGAGGACGCGGAUGUGCGACAACUACUCCCAACAGCUGCCGCUGCUGUUCUGCAUGCCUUCGCGUCCUCUCAACUUCUGCCAUGGAGAAGCCUCCUCUUCCAGCUCGCCUAUAAUCCACUGAGGGAAACGGGCAUGCAUGGGUGCAAGAGGGGAUCUGGGCUAUCGCAUCUUUUACGUCAGCAUCUCACAGUCUGAGGAAACAUGGUGAGCAAGGAGGGUGGCAAAUGCAUGCUCACCAACUCAGAGUCCGACUCGGAGGCAACGCCUUUGCCCUCCACCUCACUGGCACUGGAGUAUUCCCUGGAAGCCAGUCGACAGGUGAGGAAAAGAAACAAAGCCUUGCAAGUGCGCUUCAAGGACAUCUGCGAGGCACAGAACGAGCAAAGGGAGGCGGAGUUGCAGGCGGCAGGGAAAGGCGGCAAGCCGAUGUCGUACAAAAUGGCGUACCGCAAGUACAUGACCGUCCCCGCUCGCAGAUCUAUUCCAAACGUCACGAGGAGUACGGGUGUCCAGACAUCCCCCGACCUGAAGAAACGGUACCAGACCUUUCCCUUUGAGCGCAAAAAAGGCCACACGUUUAAACAUGUGGCAGCUGUGGAAACGUAUAAAGGUCACAAUAAUGGCUUUGUCAUGGAGGCGAAGCAAUCUAAACUAGCUGAGCAGGGUUUAAACGAGGAAGAGGAGGGAGUGAGCAGGGGGAGAGGAGUCCUGAAGACCAGGGCUCUGCUCCAUACUAAUGAGUGCAUUGCCACAGUGGAACAGCACAGUGCACCUGAUGGCCUGUGCUCUGACGCUGUGCUGCUCAGUUGCACUGCAGACACAGACUGCCUCGAGGGUACGGCAAGAGGAAGUGGAGCUGGAACACAAGGAGAGUACCAGCUUUGCAGCAUCUCGUCCAAAGCCGGAACUGGAUUACAACACAGGGAGUCUGACGUAGACCGCCUGGCCAAGAGGCAGCUGCUCAAUUUGGAUGAAGGUUCAUCCAGAACUCUCCCAGACAGAGCCUCCAAGGUUACAGGCCCCAUCGCCUGGAACUCUCUCACACAGGUAGAGUGCCUGGACAGUCCGUCUGUGCAGAGCAAGAGGAAAAAAGGCCUGCAGCUGAACGGAUUGUCGAGUGAGACUCUACCGAGAGCCAGCAGAGGCUGUACAACGCAGGCGCAGUGCAAUACAGGACAGCUUUCAGCCCGGCCUGUACGGGGCAUGGAGGAGCCUCUGUCAGGCUGCAUAGGUGGUCAAGCUGAUAGGGCCUCGUCUGACCAAACACAAGAAGCCUGCAAGCAAAUAGUGCCUGUAAACCAGGACAGGGAUGUAAAAGCACAGCUCCAAGCCAUGGAAAACCUCAUCAGCUCUAGCCAAGAGACCAUCAAGGUGCUGCUGGGGGUCAUCCAGGAACUGGAAAAGGGGGAAGCCCACAGAGAAGGACUUUCCUAUCGAACCGGACAGGACACCGCCAACUGUGACACAUGCCGGAACAGCGCAUGCAUUAUUUACAGUGUGGAACUGGACUUCAAGCUGCAGGAGGACAAGCUACAGCCCUUGAUGCAAAGGCUUUGUCCCCCAACAGAUUCCCACUUCCCGCCCCUGCCUUACCCCCAGGAGGCCUUCACCUCCACCUCCACCCCCAAACGCAAGUCCAAAGCUGAAUCCAAGAAGCAUGCCCGCUGGAAACUUUGGUUCCUGUGAGAGCUACGGGACCAUCUCCUAACCCUAAAACCGACACAGGAUUUAUGCGGAGGAUCUACAUUUCUACACUUUAUUUGGUUUUUACACCCUGCAGAAUUUUAUAGACCUGGUAAGACAAUUUUAAUGCAGAGCUCCGGACACCAAUGGAUGGUAGGAUAAGUAAUAAAAGCAUUGACUGCAUGGAUAAUUCAUACGGUUAUGUCCAACAAAAAUGGAAUAAGUCAUAACUUUGACCCAUUACCCGAAACAACAACAGGGACACAUAUUCAAAGAUCGGCAAGGUGAAACGACGGGUGUGUUUGCUGCUGUUCCUCAGCUUCUAUUUUUUAUAACUGAUGUAGACCUGCUCCUGUUUCAUGUUGACGGAGAAACGUCCGCCAUAUUUCUAUUCAGCUGUUGGGAUGUUCUCUUUCUUCUAAGCCCCAGGAGAGGCUGGUCGCUCAACGCUGAAGCUCCAAGGCGUCCAUAACCGGCAUAUCAUUGUACUGCAAAGCACAAUUAAAACUUUUCAGGAUUCCAUACCUCCAGAAUAACCAGAGAGAAUCAUUUUGAUCAUAUCAACUAUACGUGACGGAAUGAGGAUUUUCAGUAGCGAAAGACCUAAAGGAGAAUACAUCAGAGAGGGUUUUUUUUUUAGUUCUGUGAUAAACCUUCUUUUCACUUACAAAAUGUGUCAUAAGAACAUCUGACUGGAGAAAAUAAUGAAUAAAUAACACUUAUUUUCUUAAUAAUAUUGGAAAAUUAAAUGUCAUUCUACUUUUUUUCUAUAUAAAUAUAUAUCUACAUAUAUACAUUCACCUAACGAUUAAGCGAAUUAUAUUUAUUUGAACUAAAGCAUAAGGUGUAGUUCAACUACAGUUUAAAAGAGUUGUGCAAUUCCUGUUAAUGCAUCUAAUAUAGUUUUUAGUAAGCUCAUGACGCACUGAUUCAAUAAAACCUCCUGAAAUGAGGGAAUAGACUUCAGAUCUGUAGUUUAUAUACAGUCAUCUUUGGCUUGAACAUCAUUAAUUAUGGGUUUUUGGUGAUGCAUUUUAACCCAUCUUUUUUGAAUUUAGUGUGGAUGUUUUCUAAUCAAAACUGGAUGAGAAUUAUACAUACAGCUUCUGGCCCAGUAUCUCUGAAAUCAAUUUUGUUUUAAAAUGCAACUGCAUUUGUUUCAGAAAAAAUAAAUAGCAAAAAAAUUAUUUUGAUAGAAAAGAACAAACUGAAACAAGAAGAAAAUGGAUUUCAGUGGAGCAAAUUGGUGCACUCCUUAAGGUCAAUAAAAUGCUGGAAGACUACCAUCAAACGCUGCAACCUCACCCCAGAUUAAUGGUUGGUUGAAACUUGGACAUAAUUGGGUAUUUUCACAAGGCAACCAUCCCAAAAUCAAAACUGUUGGGAUGGAUAAAUCUGGCAAACGUUAAGUGUCUGGGAUAACACAGACCUCAAUCUUAUACGUUUCUGGACAAUUUAAAAUAAACUCUACUAAUUCUGAUAAGAAGAGGGCUCAAACAUCCAGACAAACUUAAGAAAGCAAUUUGACGAUUGGGAUUAUUCUCCAACUUCCUAAGGGACAUUUUUUCCAAAUACUUGUUGGUAUAUGCUAACAUAUUUGAGACAGGAUGUAUAAUUUUGACCCUUUCAGGAUUCGAUUAAAAAAAAAGCAAUUAAUUCCGAUUAUUGUUUUUUAAAAAAAAUCAUUGCAGUCUUUUGUUGUACCACCGUUCAAUUUUGUAAAAAAGAAAAAAGAAAAUAAAUCAUUAAAACUCCAAAAUGAAUAUGAAAAUCAUGCCCACUAUGACUGUAUGUAAACUCUGGAUCAGAACCGCUAAUAUAUACGUCGCACACAGAAACAAGGAAAUAAAGUUGUUUUUAGCACAUGUAAGGAACAAGAGAAUAAUCGCUGUGAUUGUAUCACUGCAGUGUCUCAUAUCAGCUCCAACCAGUGACACCAAGCCUAAAAGACUGAAUGUGCCACUUCUGAUCACAACCAGGGCUUCUACAGUGCAGGGUGGCAGGCGCAAAGCCUUGCAUGCUUUUUACAAGCCUUGGACUUUGCAGGCUAUUUUCUAAGCUUUUCAACAAACACUUUUUAAGAAGAACAACAAAAGCCUUUUUUGGUUCCCCCCCCCCUUUAGAAUCUAUUUGACUGAAACAUAAAAAGCUCAUGUGAGUACUCUACGUAUGGUUUUAUAGGAUAUGAACAACCAAAACAUUGCCAGCAUUUACGAUAAUACAUAUAGGCAUGGGCCAGUUUCCCGCAUAUGGAAGAAGAUUUAAAGUUACAGUUUCAAACAGUUUACAUAUCAAAGCAUACGUCCCAAACCUUUAUCUGAUUUGAAACAAAAAAGUGGAACAAAAAUAAAUAGAAAGAACUUCUAGACUUUGCUGGAUCUAACCUACUGAUCACGAAAACUGGGCAAAUUCAAGCUCUAGCCGAAUUCUUCUCUACUUUGUAUAGGCUAUACUUUGUAUAGACUAUUUAUUCUCUGUAUAAAACACAUACAGCAUUGCCACUUCCCCACCUGUUGCUGGGCAGUGCCAGUCAGGUGGCAUAAAGAGGGCUACCAUAAAAACCAAAGUCGUUUGGAAAUGUUUCCACUUUCAAAAGAACACAGAGAGUCAUGGUGUGAAAUCUAAAGCUGUUCAACCCAUCCCUCUAAUAAAGAACAUGUUUUUAAACUACACGUAGCAGGGCUGUUAAGCAACUGAUUAUACGAGCAGAUAGCCUAAUUAUUUAGCUAUUAUCAGCUUGUUUGACUCCCAGAGAGGAAGUCAUGAAACUACUUGCCUUAUUUCUGCAAUGGAUGCAUAAAGCAGACUGCACUACUUGAGGCAAGAACAAAUUGCAGGAUUUUUACAUAUAGUCUACAUAAAAGUAUUGUAAUAACUUAAAAUAGUUUCAGGAUAAAAGAAAGAAACCACAUUUAACAAAUUAACCCACCAACUUAAAUUUUGGAUUACGUGAUAAGAAAAGGGAAUACAUGAUUCUAAACACAAUUUAGGUAGGAGUAAAGUUAUUUGCAAAAAUAUUACGGGACACCUUAAUGUAAGUGAGAAUGAAUCCUACCUCAUCUUUUUUUCCCCCUCAUUUGUUUUAUUUAUUGAUUUUUUACCUUCCUGUGUCAAAAUGACCACCAGCUUUUAGCAGAUGGUAUUUUUUUCCUACACAAAGAGCUCGGGGCCUUGGAGAAUGCCAAGCUGCUUGCCCUGAGUAUAAUUCACAUGAAUACGGAUGGAUAUUCUCUUAAGGGCAUGCCAAACCCUGUUUGCUCAGUGAAGCUAUUUUAAAGGCAGAUCUGCCUUUGCGUCUAGUUUCAGAAUUAGGACUACAUGCACCUGCUAAUAUAUUUGUGAAUGUCCCCCUAAUGCUAGCAUACUUUUUAUAAACCAAAUUAUAGAUACAUGCUAAAUACAACUUUAUUAUGAGGAAUUAUAAGUGGAAAUCAUUUCUACCCUUCCAUUUUAAAUAACAGCAGCUUAUCAUGUAUCGUCAUGGCAGUUUUUCAUAGUAUUCUGACUUGAGUAAAUCUAAUACCGGCCCAUGCCUAUUUGCAAAGAUAUGUUGUUUAGCAUCAUACAGAGCUAAUACUGUUAGACGAUUCUGCAGGCAGCCAGUAUUUGAAAGAGAACAAUAUGAAGUUACCAGUUCCAGUGACGUCACUUUGAAAGGCAAAAGCACUGCCCCAGAAAAAGAGGAAAUGUGCCAUAGUUGUGUCAAGGUAAAGUAUGAACACCUUCAAAACAAGACAUCACUGGUUCAAUCUUCACAAGUUUAAACAUGCUGCAUUCUGUUGGUUAUUUGUAAUUCACUUUUGUAAAUGCCAGGUUGGUUUCAGUAGUUAUAUUGUAGCAUUUAGAAAGAACUAGAUGUUUAUCUGUAGAUUACAGAAGUGCAAUUGAUUCAUUAUGUGCAAUACUGUAUUUUAUACUGUUUUUAAAAAAAAAAAUUAAAUAAAGCUAUUUAAUAUUCUAAAACUGGAAAAAUGCAUGCAAAUUUAAAAUGUCCAACAGUAUCAAUCACCCAAUGCACUGGUUUGUGCAAACUGCAACAUGAAUUUCCACAACUGAAUAAUAAGACUGAACUAAUUUUCAUUCAACUAAUUCUGCAUCAGUUUUUAUUUAUUUUAAAUCUGCAGACUGAACAGUUGCAGAAAAUUAACUAG